AUGAAUUAGGUACGAUACACGUGUGGGUAGUGUACCUCAUCGAUAGAUGUGUCAUAUCGUUUCGUAAUCUUGUUGCAAUUUCGUGAAAUCUUUUACUAAGAUUAUAAUAAUAUAGUUGUACUAUCAUAACGGGCCAAAGAGCAAAUGAAAUUGAAUUAUGAAAGUGGCAAACAAGUUAAUCCGUUUUAAUCCAAUUUAAUUGUAAUCUUUCUUUCAAAUUUUCAAACAACUUUUCGUAUAAUCGCCAGAUUAAAUCUUUCACUGAUUCACGCCGGUAGAAAGCAAUAUCUCAAUGGAGAAGAUUAAUUGUACAUAACGACUAACCGUCGGUUUCAUUCACUUUUGGAAUUCUAGGUAAUCAAAAACCCGGUAUAGAAAUUUGCGAUCUAUUUCACAAUCAGUAUCGAUCUAUGUCGCAUAUAUCUAUGUAUAGCGUAUACAUAUCACCACAUGGGUACGCAGGGUCCUACCAACAAAGUUGAAAAGCGAAAAAAUUCCAAAUUAAUUCGUUCGCGCGCGUUCUCGCGAGUGGGAAUUAAAUAAAAAUUAAUAGAAACGUUUGUAAUUGAAGGUCGCGCGUAGUCGGAGUUUUACCGUAAAAGUAUGCUGUGUAUGUACUGAAAAUUAUCACCGUACUUUUAGUACCUGUACAUAUGUACGUAUCUAGCUAUACACGUGUUUUCAAACUCUGAUAAAAUCGAAACCGAACGAAUAUCGCAUCAUUUACUACUUGUGCAGUACAUCGUACGUAUGUAUACCCAUGUAUAACUACGUACAGAUAUGAGUUGCCUUUGAACUGUUGCAAGCGGAACGAUGCAGGGGUAUAUAAAAUUUCUUCCUUUACCUCCGCUACGUCUUCUCUUUUGACCUUGAAGUAGCAAAUUGCAAAUAAAUUACUACCAGCUACCUUAAAGAAUAUACAGACACGUUAUACCGCGCUUCGGAUACGAGAUACCAAUUAGUAGAGAGAAAAAAAAAGACUAAAAGAAUCCGAAACAACAUUUCCAUAUAUAACCUGCAGGGUAUGAGAAUGAUCGUUGAAAAUUCUCCAAUAUCAAGGAGACCCUCCAGCGGAGUAACAUCGGGAGGUGAAAAUUUGGAGACCAUCAGUAACCUGCAGGUUACUGCGAAGGUCGGAUGUUUCCACGUAAAUCCAGGAUCAAAGGAUGGACAACGCGUGUAUUUAAUUCAAAUGAUCUUACUGCCUUUUAUUCCAAUCGUCGCAUUGAUUGCCCAAAGUUGUCAUAACAUGGCGAAUGCAGCUAACGCUCUCCACAGAGCAGAGCACAUCGAACAGGAAAUAAGCAUUACCGUAGAAAUUGAACGUUUACUAACGGCGUUCCAACAGGAACGAACGCAGGGUGCACUUUACGUAUUUUCGCGUGCUAACAAAUCCAACCUCAACGACGCCUACGCCCACACCGACAGCGUCCUCAAGGAUGCAAAUUGGAGUGCUUGGAACGAGAGAUCCUCAUCCGCAAUCUUCUUGCACCUGACUAACUUCAGCAAAGUUAGACGGGGUCUCCUCAAAACGAGGGACGAAAGCUCGCUGCAAGACAACAGCAGCACUUCGAACGAGAUCGACGCUGAUAUGGACGGCAUUACGGGGUGGUACAUCACGGCGAAUCACUACAUGCUCGAGCAAAUAUCACAGCGAAUAGGAAGUACGGCGAUCGGAAAUGUUUGGAGAUUACUAAUUGCAUACAAAUACAUAAUACGAGCGGUUGAACACAUAACGGUCACGAUGGUUUAUGGGCUUCAAAAAUACAGCGAAGGCCAACUCGGCAUUCAAGAGCUCACUUCUUUCGUGGAACACGAUACUUUGGCCCGUGAAUAUUUUGGAGCAAUCCAUCAUUUUGCACCGGGUUUCUUAGCACUUGAAAAAUACGAGGGUAUGGAGAGCGAGGUGAAAAGAAGGCGUAAAGAAAUUACAUCGAACGUCAAAUGCGUCGCAGAUACAAAUCUGAUGAAUUCUUAUUACGAAAUAAUGGAGAGUUACGUCGAAGCACUUCGAGAUCAGGGAACUGACUUGCAAAGGAUGAUACGCACUGGAUCUAUUUUUACUCGUAGGCAGCACCUUUUUAAGGAAAUGAGGGUUGCGUCUAAUCAGCAGGGCGUUGUCAUUGCGGUCCUAGCACUGGUCUUGAUUAUCUCACCAAUUAUUAUCCUGCUCGUCAGAAACGCUGCGGUUACAAUUCAACACUUUGCAGAAUCUCUUGUAUCGAGAACGCAGGAGUUGAGAAAGGAAAAAGGGAAAAGUGACCGUUUACUGUUCCAAAUGCUACCCCCGGCUGUUGUUAAACAGCUGAAACAACAAAAGCAGGUUCCUGCGGAGAACUUCGAUUCCGUGACAAUAUACUUCAGCGAUAUCGUCGGUUUUACGAAUCUUAGCGCUAACAGUACACCGAUGGAAAUAGUAAACAUGUUAAAUACACUCUACAGACUAUUCGAUUCAAGAAUUCGAAAGUACGAUGUUUACAAAGUUGAAACGAUCGGGGACGCUUAUAUGGUCGUUAGUGGCUUGCCGCAAAGAAAUGGAAAUCGACACGCUGGUGAAAUAGCUACGAUGUCCCUCGAUCUUUUAGCAGGUAUCCGAUGUUACGAUAUUCCUCAUCGUCCAGGAGAAAGGCUUGAAAUUCGGAUAGGAGUUAACACUGGACCUUGCGUUGCUGGGGUUGUUGGCACAACGAUGCCACGAUAUUGUCUUUUCGGCGAUACGAUAAACACUGCGAGUCGAAUGGAAUCUACGAGCGAAGCGAUGAAGAUUCAAAUAUCACAGAACACAAAAGAUGCUUUGGACACAUUGGGUGGGUACAUUAUGGAGCUGAGAGGAAGCAUGGAGGUAAAAGGUAAAGGAGUUAUGAACACUUACUGGCUCACGGGUAUAGAAGGGGAAUUGCCACCGCCAGUAGAUGAGGGGGAAGUACUUUUCACAUUUUGCAGCUUUAUUGAGCCGGAAUUUCUGCAAAUGAGCGAUAUGGACGGUAAUGCUAUUUCUAUGUAAUAGAG